AAUAGGCAGAAGCACAUGAGCGAUGUAUGACAAUGCCACAAAAGGAAAGCUUCAUGAAAUUAUUCCCUCUUGAUUGAUUACAAUAGCAAUUCUUCCCAAUAACAACGCAGCGAGCUACGUGAAGUGUCAUUUGUUUAGUGAAUAUCCUGUAAUUUUUUCUUCAUUUUCCACCCAGGGAAAUCCCUUUUUUAAACUUUGAUGAUUGUAUCUCGAUUGUGGGGAUAUUACUCCUUGAAUCCUGAACUUCCUGACCACAAGAGGCACUGAAUUUCGCUGAGGACUCUCCGGAUCUCCAGGAAGAUCAGCAAUCUCAGUUAACCAGGAGCAAUGGAUGAAUUUGUAAUUUCCGAGUAUAUUGUGCAGCCAGAGGCACAAACUAGCGAGAGAGAAAGCAUUGCUGAGUAUCCGGAUGAAUUCCUCUGGCCAGGUUCUUCUGAACAUCUCAAUGGUGAGUAUCCCGUUGACGAGGCUGAUCUGGAACCCGAAAAUUCUGAAGAAGAAUUGCUCACGGGCAACACUGGCGACGAUGAUCAAGAUGUGGAGUUUCCGGAACGCACCAAUUCGGACGAGGAAAUGGUCACAGAGAUCACAGGCGACACCGGAGAUGAUGAUCAAGAUCUCCUGACACCUUCGCACGAGAUCCAGGCCUCCGAAUACUACAAUCAGGAUCCUCAGUCUAAAUCCAGUGCCCCGCGAGAGAAGCGACAGAGAGUUAAAACUGGCAUAAUCUACGAGUGUGACGUCUGCGAGAAGAAGUUCCAGUACGAAUCCAGUCUUCAGAUUCACAAAAGAUUCCACUCAGGCGAGAAGCUGUCCCAAUGCAAUGAAUGUGGGAAGCGCUUUGCCACUCAAUAUGCCCUGAAACGUCACUCCCGGACUCACGCACAGACUCAGGCAAGUGUCUGUGAGUCCUGCAAUGCCUCCUUCAUGGACCCAGGAGAUUUUGCCAGGCAUACUCGGUUCCACGAAACCGGAGAGGCACCGUACACGUGCAAAAACUGCGGAGACACCUUCGACACGUACAGUGCCAUCAAGGCUCAUCGGUCCAGGAAACACAGAUCCCAGUGGCAAUGCAAACACUGCUGGGAAUCCUUCCCCACCGAGAAACUCUACCGUGAACAUCGAGUGACGCAUGAGACUUACAGCUGCAGCCAGUGCAACAUGAAGUUCAUGACGCAGGAGAUGCUAGAGAUGCACGAGGAGGAGGCCGGAGAACACAGACCACCGCCCAAUCUUCUUCAGGUACAGUCGAACAGCGCAGUAGAUGCUGCGAUGCUUGAAUGCGAUCUCUGCUCUAAGAGCUUUACUCGCCGAGAUUCUCUUCUCGAGCAUCGACGUUUGCACACGGGAGUGGGCCUGGUCUCUUGUGAUCAUUGCCCUAUGAAAUUCACCUCCCACGCUAGACUCAGAAAGCACAUGGCAAGGCACAGUUUACAGAGGAACUUUCAGUGUUCUCAGUGUGAAAAAGCUUUUGCCACUGAGCGCUAUUUGAAAAUCCACCAGCUAACGCAUACCGGAGAUCAAUUGCCGUUCAAGUGUGAGAUGUGUGGGAAGGAAUUUCUGCGGAGCAAUGCCCUUCGGAAUCAUAUGUUCAGUCAUUUGAAGAGAUUCCCUUGUGGCAAAUGUCAGCUGAUUUUUCCUUCUGACAGACAACUUAAGAAACACCGGAAAACGCAUAAGUUGAUCUGUAGUAGAUGUGGAAUGAAUUUUGAGACACUUGAACUGUUGCAAAUGCAUUAUAUUGAGUAUCAUCCGAACUGUCCGGAAGCUAUGGGAGAAGUCCCUGGGGAGGAGAAGCAGCAUGAAUUAGAUCCACUUUAUGGGGAACCGUCAGAUUUUGAAAAGAAGUACGAAGGAUUAUUGCUGUAUCGAUGUGAGAUCUGUGACAAGACCUUCAUGGAAAAUAGAUACCUUAGGGAUCAUAUGUUCAGUCAUAUGAAGAGAUUCCCAUGUAAUCGCUGCAAUGAAGUCUUUUCUUCAGAACGGCUACUUAAAAAGCAUCGGAAAACGCAUAAAUUUAUCUGUCGAGAAUGUAAGGUUAGGUGCGAGAGCGCUGAGGGCUUCAGACAGCACUAUCGAGACCUCCAUCCGGACUGUGAGGUUCCGGAAGUGGAACAGACGGUGGAGAAGAAAGAUCUUAACACUUCAGUAGAAGAGAAUCCUGACUACGAGGGUUCAGAAGUGGAAGAGACAGUAGAAAGGAAAGUUAAAACAGAGUACACCUCAGUAGAACAGACGCCAGUAGACGAGAAUCCACUUGAUAUAAAGGCUCUGGUAUUCAAGGAGCCAAAAGAGCCAAGAAUCUUAAGAUGUGAAACUUGUGGCAAGGAAUUUUCACGCUUAAGUUACCUCAAAAUGCAUAUAAAUACUCAUACUAAAAGUUUCCCCUGCUCGAAAUGCUUCAUGGUCUUUACUUCAGAGAGACGCCUUAAAAGGCAUCGAAAAAGUCAUAUACUUUUUUGCAAAAUUUGCAAUACGAGAUUUGAUUCAGGAGAACUCCUCCAUGAACACUACAAGGAAGAACAUCCAGAUCGAAAAUUGCCAAAAAUUCCAAAGGUUGAGGUUGAGGAACCCGUUGAACAAGUCAAGGAAUCCUUUCCGUGUCAAUAUUGCGAUGAACAGUUUCCCGAAAGAAGUUUACGGGAUAAUCAUGUGGAAGCUCAUCUAGCCAAUAAAUUCCGUUGCUCAAUGUGUCCGGAAUUCUUCGAUAAGGAGAAACAACUGCGGAAGCACAUUAAGGCACACAGAAAGACAUGUAGGUUCUGUACUAGAAAAUUCAAGACGCCAGAACGUCUUCAGGAUCACUACAAAGAACUUCAUUCAGAUCAACUUCAUUUACUAGAAGUUAAUCCCAAUUCCCAAGAAACUCAACAUAAUGCCGUGGAAGUUCAGACAAAUGCGCCCAUAGAGGAAGUGUUUACGCAAGAACCACAAAUUGAGGAACGUUAUCCCAUUGAAGAGAUUUUUACAGUUGAGGAUUCAUUGGAUGGAGUUAUCCCAGAAGUUGUAAUAUUGGAAGAUGAUUGAAUCAUAAAAAAAAAAAAUUUACUACCGAUAUUCACUGUUAAAAAAAAAAACUUCAACCAAUAGAAAUAAAGUUAUCAAUAUGCCGAAGCUCUCUCGUAUGCUAUUGGUUGAUAUGUUAAUGUCCUCCUCCUUUUACUAAUUGACAGCAUGCAGAAUAUUUCAAUUUUAUUUCGCAUUGAAUGUAGCCAAAAUAGGAUAGUAAAUUGACAAAAACGCAUCUCUUUUGCCUAUUCAUUUAAAUAUAAUGUCAAGACAAUUGUAAUGAGUUUAAAUAUGUGAAAUAAACAUUAAUAUAUGAAA